UGCAAGUGAACAGCGUAAAACCAGGACGGACCGCCAGGCGUGCGCCGGAGGGGCGGGAGGAGAGGCUACGCCUGGGGCCCAAAGCCGGAGCAGAGAAAAACUCUACAGUAGAGACCCGGGAAGGCAGGGGAACUGAACAACAACUAGCUGGGCGCGCCCCCGGAGCGGCACCGCCUCUUUCCUUCCCCGCCCACCGCCGGUGGAGCCUGGGGAGGCACCAGGGCGGGGCAACCUUUGCUCCCUCCGGGAGAAGCCUGGCUCCUGAGACGGGUGUUGGCGCUCACUGGACACUGGAGCGGGCUGGGGCCUGCUCGUCCCUGCCACCCGGGGGGGUUUGGUCGCGGGGUUCCUUUCUGGACGGCCGCACCUCGGACCGCGGUAUCGGUGGGACCCACCCUCGACAGGUAUCGAUCGGGGAAGGCAGCUGCGUUGGAGGGAAUUAGGGGCGAGCUGUCGAGUGGGGACGGUCCUGCGUCGCAAACCUAGGGCGUCCGGGAAAGAGUGGGGCGCAGGCCCCCGGCCCUUGGCGGCGCCCGUGCCCACUUCGGGGCUCGGAGCCGGUGCUCUCCGUGCGCGCGCUGGCCUGAGAUCGCCGGGCGGCAGAGAAGGCGUCCGCGGAGAAGGCGAAAGGUGCGCUGUCCCGCGGCGGUGCAGCGCGGUCCCCCGGGAUGCGGACGCCGGUGGCGAUGACAGUGGGCAUGGUGCUCGCGCCCUGCGGGCUGCUGCUCAACCUGACCGGCACGCUGGCGCCCGGCUGGCGGCAGCUGAAGGGCUUCCUCAACCAGCCGGUGGACGUGGUGCUGUACCAAGGCCUUUGGGACAUCUGCCGCGAGCAGAGCAGCCAAGAGCGCCAGUGCGGCCAGCAGGACGACCUGGGGUACUUCAAGGCUGAACCUGUGCUCGUGGCGCGCGGACUCAUGGUGACGUCCCUGGCGGUCACUGCGCUGGGGCUGCUGCUGGCGUCGCUCGGCGUGCGCUGCUGGGAGGACGAGCCCCGCUUUGCGCUGGCCGGCUUCUCCGGCUUGGUGCUCUUCGCCGCGGGCCUCUUCAGCCUCAUCCCGGUGUCCUGGUACAACCACGUCCUGGCUAAUCGUGCCGUCCUGCCCGCCCCGGAGAGCCCGGUUAAGGUGGAAGUCAGCUACAGCCUGGUGCUGGGCUACCUGGGCAGCUGCCUGCUUCUGCUGGGCGGCUCCUCGCUGGCGCUCAGCUUCGCGCCCUGGUGCGAGGAGUGCUGUCGACGCCGCCGCAAAGCGCCCUCCGGCAGCGCCCGCCGCCCCAGCGUCAGCACCGUGUACGUGGACUGGCCGCAGCCCGCGCUCACGCCCGCCAUCAAGUACUACAGCGACGGCCAGCACCGGCCGCGGCCCGCGGAGGCGGGCCCCACGGACAAGCCCAAGGUGGGCUUCCCCAUGCCGCGGCCGCCACCCAAGACCUACACCAACGCGGUGGACGUGCUCGACGGGGAAACGGGGGCCCACUCCCACGGCGCCUCCUCGCGCAGCACGCGCCCCUGCCACAGCUCCCUGCCCUGCGACUCGGAUCUGUAGACGGCGCCCCCAGCUUGCGCUGCCUGGAUGGAGGACUCACGCCACCACCGUCGUACCUUAAACGUGUCUGUUACCUUGGGGCUUGGAGUCGGAACCUUGGACAUGUUCGUGCUCCUGUGACUGGUUUGGAGGGCAGUCUUCCUUUCCUGUGGCCAAACUAGACCUCUGUGGAUGAUUACUACAGGUUGGGUUGGGUUUUCUUUUUACAGAGUUGUUUUUCUCUCCAGAGGAAUCGGGGGUUUUAUAGGGUGACAGGCUCAUUCAUCAUCCUUUCAGCCGAAGGACAUGUAGCGACUUUGCAUCUUGUUGACAAGGGACAAUAACAACAAAAAAGUCAGACUCAGCCAUGGAGAGUAAAAAAUCGAUUUAACACCCUGAAACAAUAUUCUGAAAUGCUGAUGAACUUUGCAUCGACGUAAUUAAAUAUUAUUAAUUUUUCUGCUGGAUAAUUCAUUUUCAUGCACGCUCUCAAGAGACCGGUCUACUCCCAACUAUGUUUGAAUGAAGCUCUUAAAAAUAAACGUAGAGUCGUGUAAAUAUAGCAGCUUUCCUGGAAUGAAAUAACCCGAUUCACUCAUAUUUACAUUUCCUCAUUAUAAAUAGGAUUUAUCUCUUUUUAUUGCUUACUUUUUGAUUUGAAAGUUGAGGUCAUGCCAGAGUUUCCCUUCUAGAAGCCAGAGAAGAACGAAAGGACAGAUACUGUACCGUUCUGUCCCUCAGCUUCCUCGCCCUAGACUUAGAAGGCCGUCAAUUAAAUACUUGGUGCAAAAUGGAAGUUGUUGAUCAUAUUACUCUAAAGGACAUGUUUAUAGAUCUCUCAUUUCUAUAUAAAAUUUGAAAGUAAGACUUGCAGCAUACUCACAAAAGCUGUUUGUCUCCAGUACAACCUUCUGGAGUUUAAACCUUAAUUACCAACAAGUUCCUGGCUGCCUGAGCACUGUUCCCAGAAAUCUUGCUCUCAGAACUUUGCACCUCUUGGUGUAAGAUUGCUGAAAGAGGCGAGGGAGCCCUGCUGAAGUUCCUGCCUCCUUUAUUUUUGGGUUCAUGCUGUCUUCUGUGCAGCAUCAGGUCUAUUGUUGGAAAAGCUUUAAGUGCCAGUUUCCACAGGAAGUGCGACUAGAAAUCGUUUCCUCUUGUAACGGUGAUGCCCAGAGUCAUGAGU